AUGUCGCACGAAGCCGCCCUCACAUCCUCCGCCGCGCAAGCUAUUGCUCCCGAUCUCUUUCCCUCGCGCACCCCUCUCACCACCCCCCAAAUCGAAGCCAGCAUCAGCGCCUGUCUUACCGUACAACGUCGAGCCGUCACCCAAGGAAAACGGCCCUUUGCCGCUGUGCUACUUGGUCCCGAUAACGAAACCGUACUCCUCACACAUCAAAGCAUCGAUCAAGUAAAUCAUGCCGAGAGCUCUUUGGCUAAAUUAGCGUACUCGCAUUAUACGAAAGAGUUUUUGUGGAGAUGUACGUUGGUUAGUACGUGGGAACCUUGUGCUAUGUGUUCGGCGACGAUUUAUUGGGCGCAUAUUGGAAGAAUCGUAUAUGCGGCCACGAAUGAACAAUUAGCGGGUCUGACGGGCCCGGGCAAUCGAGAAAAUUUCACGUUGAAAUGGCAUACGAGAGAUAUUUUGGAGGGGCAGCAGAAGGAUAUUGAGAUUAUUGGGCCGGUGGACAAAAUGGAUUUGGUGGUUGUGGAGGAGAGUGAUAAAUAUUGGUGUACGACUAGAGCUCAAGCAUGA